ACACACCUGUAUCAUACACGACUACACUAUAUCCAUUCUCUCAAGAGGACAUCAGAUUGUCAGUGAUUUCUCAUCACACACUUAAAGGUUAUAAUGUCUGACUCUCAAAUCCAACUCACUCAGAAUCCUCUGGAGAAAAUCUGGGUGCCGUGGAUGAGCAGCAGAUUGAGACGCAGACGAGGCUCAUCAGUACCACAGUUCACUAACUCACCUACUAUGAUUGUGAUGGUUGGUCUGCCGGCCCGUGGAAAGACCUACAUCUCCAAGAAACUCACUCGAUACCUCAACUGGAUUGGAGUUCCCACUAAGGUGUUUAAUGUUGGACAGUACCGUAGAGAUGCCGUGCAGAGCUAUAAGAGUUUUGAAUUUUUCCGGCCAGACAAUGAAGAAGCCAUGAAGAUUCGCAGAGCCUGUGCUUUGACAGCACUGCAGGACGUCUGUUCUUACUUUACUCAGGAUCAUGGACAGGUGGCGGUGUUUGAUGCAACUAACACAACAAAAGAUCGUAGAGAACUCAUUCUGAGCUUUGCUAAAGAGAACGGCUAUAAAGUCUUUUUUGUGGAGUCUUUGUGUGAUGACCCAGAAAUCAUUGCAGAAAACAUCAAGCAAGUGAAACUGAGCAGUCCUGACUACAUUAACUGUGAUAAAGAGGAAGCUGUGGCCGACUUUCUGAAGAGAAUUGACUGCUACAAGCUCACAUACGUUCCUCUGGAUGAUGACAGAGACAUGAACUUGUCGUACAUUAAGAUAUUUAAUGUAGGUAGUAGGUAUCUGGUGAAUCAGGUUCAGGAUCACAUUCAGAGCAGAAUCGUCUACUACCUGAUGAACAUCCACGUCACUCCUCGCACUAUCUAUCUCUGUCGACACGGAGAGAGUGAACUCAACCUUCUUGGGCGUAUCGGAGGCGAUUCUGGCCUCUCGCCGCGGGGAAUCAAGUUUGCAGCAUCUUUGGGCACGUACAUCAGAGGUCAGUGUAUCCCAGACCUGAAAAUCUGGACCAGUCACAUGAGAAGAACCAUCCAGACCGCAGAAGCUAUCGGUGUACCUUAUGAACAGUGGAAAGCCCUGAAUGAGAUCGAUGCUGGUGUUUGUGAGGAGAUGACGUAUGAGGAGAUUCAAGAUCACUUUCCUGAGGAGUUUGCUCUCAGAGAUCAGGAUAAAUACAGGUAUCGCUAUCCGAAGGGUGAGUCGUAUGAGGAUCUGGUUCAACGUUUAGAGCCGGUGAUCAUGGAGCUGGAGAGACAGGAGAAUGUGUUGGUCAUUUGUCAUCAGGCGGUCAUGCGUUGUCUUCUGGCAUACUUCCUGGAUAAAAGUGCAGAUGAGUUGCCGUAUCUAAAGUGUCCUCUGCAUACAGUUUUAAAACUCACUCCUGUGGCUUACGGUUGUAAGCUUGAGUCCAAAUUUCUGAAUAUUGAAGCAGUGAACACACAUAGAGAAAGACCAGUGAAUGUGGACACUCAGUGCCCUCACACGGCUCUUCAUCGUUCUGUUCGGGUCCAGCCGAUGGCAAGUCCUACGCCCACCAGAGCUCCCCGUUUACAGGAUCUGGGCUUGACUGAACUCAGUCUACAGAAUGUGGAUGUGGACAGAGAUCCAGAGGAUGCUUUACAGACGGUACCACAACACAGCUAGAGGAGAUCAUGAAGAAAAACAUCACAGUCCCUCACAUCCUCAUUGAUAAACUGUUUAAAGAUUUACUAUGAUAUGAAGAAAAAUGGAAGUAAGAGAUAAUUGAGUGGUCUUUAAGUGAAAUCAUUUAAAUUUUGUGCCAGGGUUGUCUCAAUACUUUGUAGAAAAUAUUUUUAAAUGCGAACAGUUAUUUACAUUUAGAAUAAUUUGAUAUAGUGUACAGAACUGUAUUAUAAUUUACACUUGUAAUGAUGUAUGGAAAGGUCAAUGUAACCAUGUUACUACAUUUGUUAAAUCAGGAACAAAUGUUAUACUUUUAGUAGAUGUAGAUGGUAGCGCUGUUACUCGCAGAUCAACUUUAUUAUUUUUCAACAUUAGUAUUAAUACUGUAAAGAAAGAAACAAUAUUUUUGUAUUAAUAAGAAUGUUAAAAGAAUUAAUAUGUUACAGACACGGCUGACAAAUUAUAGCCAGAUGAUUAAUGAUAUAACAUGAUUUUGCAUUUUUUAUUUUAUUAAAAUGAGUGUUAAAGUGUUAAUAAUAAAGCAGUGGUAUUGCUGUGUAAUUCACAGCUAAACUCUAUGAAACUAUCAAAGCUUUUCAUUAAAUGUAAUAUCAGAA